AUGUGUAAAUAAGCACGUUUGUUUUGUUUGCCCUUUCCUCAGUUACCGUAACAGAAACAGCUGCUACCACCGCUUCUCUCAUGACAUCUUGUUCGAACAGGAUCCUUCACAUGAUAAACACCUGCACUUCUCCUUCUCACAUUCACCAAAUCCAAGCCCAACUCAUUCUCCAAAACCACCUAAAGAACCCCUUCAUAGCUCAUCAUUUCAUCAAUUCCUGCAACUCUUCAGGCCUUUUAAGCCAUGCCCACACCCUCCUCUUCCUCUCAAAACCACCCGCACACGUCUUCAUUUACAAUUCCCUCAUUAGAGCCUUCUCCCACUCUAAAACCCCACAUCUUCCUUUCUCUCUGUAUACCCACAUGCGAAACGCCUCCGUUAUGCCCAACAACUACACCUUCCCUUUCCUUCUCAAGUCCUUGUCCGAUUUCCACCAGCUCCGAAAAGGCCAAAUGGUUCAGACCCAUGUCAUAAAACUGGGUCAUUCCCAUGAUAUUUAUAUACAAAAUUGCCUGAUGAAUCUGUAUGCAUCAUCUGGUGAAAUGGGUUUGUGUCGCCAAGUAUUCGAUGAAAUUCCUGAGAAAGAUGUUGUUUCGUGGACUGUUUUGAUUACAGGGUAUAGAAAUGAUAAAAAAUAUGAUGACGCUUUGAUUGCCUUUGAGCAAAUGCAAUAUGCAGGUGUGGUGCCUAAUAGAGUAACUAUGGUGAAUGCAUUGGCUGCCUGUGGUAGUUUUGGUGCUACUGAAAUGGGUGUUUGGAUUCAUGAUUUUAUAAGGAAAAAAGGGUGGGAGUUGGAUUUGAUUUUAGGGACUGCGUUGAUUGAUAUGUAUGGAAAAUGUGGGAGGAUUGAAGAAGGUUUGAGAGUUUUCCAUAGCAUGAAAGAAAAGAAUAAUUUUACGUGGAAUGCAGUAAUUAACGGUCUAGCUUUAGCUAAAAAUGGGGAGCAGGCGGUUUGGUGGUUUAAUAGGAUGGAGCAAGAAGGGUUUAAGGUUGAUGAUGUAACUUUAGUUGGGGUGCUUGGUGCUUGUAGUCUUUCAGGUUUGGUUGAUACAGGUCGAAAAAUAUUCAGUUUCUUAGUUGAAGGGAGGUAUGGAUUUUUGCCUGGUGUAAAACAUUAUGCAUGUAUAAUUGACCUCUUGACGCGUGCAGGAUUUCUUGAUGAUGCUUUUAGAUUUAUCCAGGAUAUGCCUUUUGAGCCUACGAGGUCCAUAUGGGGAUCUUUGCUGGCUGGUUGUAGAACACAUGGAAAUUUGGAAUUGAGUGAGUUUGCUGCUAAGAAACUUGUGGAGUUGGAGCCAGCUAAUAGUGCUUAUUAUGUCGUGUUGUCCAAUUUGUAUGCGGAUAUGGGGAGAUGGGAUGAUGCUGGGAAAGUGAGAGCCUUGAUGAAAGAGAGGGGAUUAAAGAAGGACCUUGGUUGUAGCUCUGUGGACUUGGAACCUCAGGAACAGGUUUAUGAACUAGUAGCAGAGCAGAGCCCUUAACUUGCAUGUCAAGAAUGAUCUUACUUCUGUCCUCUGAUACAUCUUAAAGGGGAAAGUUCUUUUCUGCAUGGGCUGAGUCCUAAGUCUGGGUUAUGAGGCUACUGUGCUUUGUGGUUGAAGUUGAUAUGCUUCUCCAUGGACAACAAAUGUACAGCCGAGGAGGGUAAAUCCUAAUCUGUUCACCUUUCACACCUAUACGGCAAUGGAAAAUGAUCUUGCAGCUGUUCAUUCUUGCUGUUUGGAGGACAGAACUUGAGCCAUUUGUGGUGUAUAUCAUGAAUCCAUAAUGUCUCAUUUGACUGGUCUGCCCUCAAUGAGCAACAUUAUUUCUUCAAGGUAAAGGAUUCAUUUUAUUUUAUGAGCAUGAAACAUGAUACUUGAACCUCACUGUAGAGGUGAUAAUUAAAUGAGGCGUCUUGUUCAAAUUGAUUGACCAUAAAUAGAUUGAGUAAAAUAUUCAGAUUGAUAAGCUAUUGUUUACAAUCAGAAUUGUCAGCUUA